UGCUGAACACAACCAUUAUCGGUAUCGAGUUUUUCAGUUUCGAUGAACACAUCUUACGUCGUAGUUGAAUCACCGGUAUCCAGGGCUCUCUUCCGUGACAUUUUGCAGUUCCUGAACAUCAUAAAUUAAAAUCUGUAAACAAUCAAGAUUGAAUCUCUCCUUCAUGGAAUAAUGACGCUGGAGCAAAACUCCCCUAGUGAGACCUGGAGCCAUAGAUUGAAGAUCGAAGAUUGAAGAUAUCCAGGGCUCCGAGACGCUUCAGUGUGACCUCUGAGAAGGAGAUCGUAUGGUUGUUUGACAGCUGUCAGAUACGUGCCGAUGAGAAUGAUACCGUUAUCGAAAUCGCGAAAAUGCUUUCGCGACCGUAUCUAAAACCCGAGUCGCGGAUGGGCAACGAAUAAUUGGACGCCCUAAUCGCGUUAUCACGAGCAUUGACAGUUGAGCACACAUGAACGAGUCUAACUCGCUCACCAAUCUUGCAGCAGACGUAAUCUUUGCGCGUCAUGGCGAGUAUGGUCGAGAACAUUGCUUGCGGUGGCUUUGUGUUUUUCAACAACUUCGAUUCGGCUAAUCUGGCCAAAGUGGAACAAGUGAAAAUAGCGGAUGUUUCUAAUAAAGAUGCUUAUGAAGUCGAAGGCAAAUUGGAUGGCUCAAACUCAAAGGAUACAUUGGAUUAUGAGUUCAACUUGUGGACUAAACACGACUGUCACGGUACGCAAUAUCAAAACAAUAACAGAACAUGGUUUUACUUUGGAGUACGAUGCGGUUGUCCGAAUUCCUCUGUCAGAUUUAAUAUAGUCAAUUUAAACAAGCAAGUCAAAAUGUUCAGUCAAGGGAUGUGUCCAGUCUUUAAGAUUGUACCAGGACACUUGCAUUGGGAACGGAUACGUGAAAAACCUACAUACACUCUUGACCAGAGAGGAAGCGACUUUACUUUAUCGUUCCUCUAUUCUACCCCGGAAAAUACAAAAGCUAUUACUUACUUUGCUUUCACCUAUCCAUUCUCAUAUACCGAUUUGCAAAAUUACUUGAAAAGAAUUGAUGUGAGAAUGGGUAAACGUAAUGUAACGUGUGUGGACGAUAUCUAUUAUCACAGAGAAUGUGCGAUAAAAUCUCUGGAGAGCCGUAGACUAGAUGUAUUAACAAUAAGCUCUUAUCAUAACAUAUCAACGGAGAGAGAAGAUAGACUGAACAAUAUGUUUCCUGAAGAAAGUGAGGAGAGGCCUUACAAAUUUUGGGAUAAGAAAAUAAUUUUUAUUAGUGCCAGAGUCCAUCCAGGCGAGACACCAUCAAGUUUUGUUCUGAAUGGUUUUCUCAAUUUUUUACUAAAUCGCGAAGACCAAAUCGCAAUCGUUUUACGUCGACUAUAUGUGUUCAAAUUAGUACCAAUGCUCAAUCCUGAUGGCGUUGCCAGAGGUCAUUACCGAAUGGACACUAGAGGGGUAAAUCUAAACAGAGUUUAUUUAAACCCUUCUGAAGUGCAUCACCCCACGAUAUAUGCUGCAAGAAACUUGAUAAGAUAUUAUCACUAUUCUUAUCAACUACCAAAUGAAUCAACUGACGAACUAUCGACUAUUAAUUUAGAGAUUGCAAAGAGCGAUGUAAAUGUUAUAAAUUCGACUACUUCAAUAGCAAAUGCUGUACGUGACACAACCGCAAGACUGUUGCAACAAGUAACACUUAUGUCACUGGAUGAGAAGAACAGAUCGAGUACUAUCGAGGCUAACAAGAAACAUUUACUAACUCUAAAAAAAUUGGACGAUGCAGUAGUCGACAUGCAGAACGAAAGAUCUAAAGAACGAUUAUCUAAAGAAAAUGAAAAAGAUGCCAACAUCGCGGAAGAUGAAGCGAACGAUAAAAUGAUUUAUACAGCUAUCGGUACGGGCGAAGUAGCAAAAUCUUUGGAUAAUUCCGGAUUAUAUUUAUAUAUCGAUCUUCAUGGUCACGCUUCGAAGAAAGGUGUCUUUAUGUACGGAAAUCACUUUACCGAUCCAGAAGACACUAUUACGUGCAUGCUACUACCGAAAUUGAUGUCUAUCAAUAACCCGCAUUUUCACUUUGCGUCGUGCAAUUUUGCAGAACGAAACAUGUAUAUUAUAGACAAACGGGAUGGUAUGUCGAGAGAAGGUUCGGGACGCGUAGCGGUGUACAAGAUGACUGGUCUGAUACGCAGCUAUACUCUAGAGUGUAAUUAUAAUUCUGGCCGUUUGGUGAAUACAAUACCAGCUAGAGUUCGCGAUGGGGUGAACAAAACUGUUAGUCAUAUGUUUGUUCCCCCGAAAUAUACUCCGGCAGUGUUUGAAGCGGUUGGAGCAGCAUUAGGUCCUUCCAUUCUCGAUCUCAUCAACGGUAAUCCCAACAGCCGCUUGCCAAAUAGCCAAUAUCGUUCUCUAAGAGGAGUAAAAUCUCAUUUGAAAUUAACAUACGUAAACAAUCUCUCUGCACCGUCCAACAGAUCAAUGCAUAAGGAUAAUGAAGGAAAUUUUGCUCCCGCGCAAAAUACCUGCAUACUGAAAGAAUUAGAAACAAAACUGAACGACGCGGUGAUGGGAGCGACAAACGUCAUAAAAAGUGAAAGUAAUUUGGUAAAAAAGUGUCUCCUUCGUCGCGGUGCGGCUCUCUACACGGCAAUGAAAAGAAUUAAAGGAAAUAAAAAGCAACGACAGAUAACGACUCGCCGAACGUUGAAGAAACAAUGUGUCAAUGAUGUGGAAAAUGACGCGAUAAUCUGUGCGAUUAGCUCCGAAGAAAGAGUGAGACCGUUUCUGAAGACGAUCGAUCGCCAACGGCCAAAUAGAUCUAACGCAGGAUACGUCGGUCGCAUCCUCGAACCGCCGCGUCUAAGCGCGUACACGUACACGAAUAAAAAAUGUACGACGACGAAAGUUCAUACAUCCUGUGAAGAAACAGCGGUGGUGAAACAUGGCGCAAAGAGAAUGAAGAUCGUUUCCUUAAAUGCUUCUAAAGCUUUUCCCGAGAUCGGAGAAUCAUCUUGCGCUGUAGAGAAAGCUAACGACACAGUGUCCUCGAGGAUACCACACACUUGUAACAAGCAUAACGUUAAAGGAACGUGCAAUAGAGUCAGGAAACAUUGUCGAUUGCCGACUGAACAAAUAAAAUCGGGCGAAUCUUCCGAUCUAAAAGAGGUGAAUAAGAAGUCCACUAAGAGAAAUUCUAUACUCGAAGGAAGCGUGUGAAGCAAAAUUCGAAAUGAACUCGAUUGUACGAUGUAGGGACAAUUUGUUGAUUUUGCUGUUGGUUCGUCAUAUUUUUUUAAAGACACAUUUUGCAUAUCGUAGCAUGAGAUGCUAUAACUUGGCACUUUACAAAAUAAACGAUAUCUGCUGUAUCUACACACACACACACACACACACACACAACAUACGUUAACGUUGCAAACUAAAGAAAAACUGAUCCACUGGAGUCAUUGUGUGUACGUAUUUAUCCUUUUAUACCGUAUAACUUUUGAAUCAAGUUGAAUAAAAAUCUCGAAAGUGCCAAUUUAUAGUGACUUGCUCUGUAUAUAUUAUAUGCAAAAUGUACAAUCAAAUCAUUAGUUCGUGUAUUAAUUAAAGAAAGGUAACCUUGUAUCAUUGUAUACAGUUAUUUAGAAGAUAUGUGUCGCAUCAAAUAUACAUACAUAACAUACGAUAGUCUGGCGAAAGAUGUCAUAUUCUUUGUAGAAACGAGAAUGCUUUUCUGAAAAUAAACCGUUGUGUAAUUUUUAA